AUGGAUUCGACGGAUCUCGAGCUCGGGCUCGGCGACGAUCCCAGCUGCUGGGACUUCCUCGACUGCUCCUCCCUCUUCGGCGGCGGCGGCGUCGGGUUCCGAACUUCUCCCCUUCUCGCUUUGACAGCUUUUUCGAUUGAUUUCGCCCGUCUUGCCAUUCCUGGUUGUAGCGCCGCCGCCGCCGCCGCUGCGGGGGGCGUCGAUUUCCCGGCGGGGGACGAGCUCGGCGGGACGCAAUGUCCCCGGAAGAGGGGACGCGGUGACGCGUGCAGCCAGCCGCGCACGAAAGCUUGCCGCGAGAAAUUGCGGAGGGAGAGACUGAACGACAGAUUUCUAGACUUGAGCUCUAUCUUGGAACCUGGAAGAUCAGUCAAAACUGAAAAACCGGCCAUACUUGAUGAUGCUAUUAGAGUUUUGACCCAGCUUAGAGCUGAGUCUGAGGAGCUCAAAGAAACAAAUGAAAAGCUGCAAGAAGAGAUAAAAUGCCUGAAGGCCGAGAAAAAUGAGCUUCGAGAAGAGAAACUUUCAUUGAAGGCUGAUAAAGAAAGGAUGGAACAGCAUUUGAAGGCCAUGACUGUCCCACCUGCCGGGUUUGUGCCACCUCAUCCGGCUGCAGCAUAUCAUGCUGGGGCGAAUAAGAUGCCCGUAUUCCCCAGCUACGGAUUCAUUCCAAUGUGGCAAUACAUGCCCCCUUCUGCCCGCGAUACGUCAUCCGAUCAUGAGCUGAGGCCUCCCGCUGCUUAGUUAAGGUCGUCGGUUGUUGCGCUGUUUCUUCGCCGUACAAUAAACUCGUGGUUCCCAUCGUAUUCUGUCAUGUAUAUAUUGCUCAAGUUUUCAUGUGCCCCA